CGAGAGACCGCCAUCAGCGGUUUAACAAUCAUACCCACGAAGAAGAGCGAGGACGCUGAUAUGAUACGCGCGUCCAAGGGAGACCUCACUGGGACGGGACAGGUACCGCAGAGCAUUUAUCGGCGGAGGUUUACUGUCAAGUUAUACAUUAGAGGAUAGAUAAUGCUCAGACAUGGUGCCUUGUCAGACCCACGUGUUGCUGAAGUGGCAGGAGCACUUUAACAGCUCCUGGGCAGCAGAAGACAGCGUGCAGACAGCCAGGAGGGAUGGAGCAGCCGUGCUCUACAAUAAGCUACUUCACAACAAGGAAGUGAUAACUUUGGCCCAGCCCGUCCAAGAACUGGUGGGCCCACGCCUGCCAGACUUUGAGUGCGAGUCCAGUGCCUCGGCGGAGAAGGAGGAGUACCUUUCAUCCCUGCUUCACAGCCAGCGAUGGCUGGCUCACCGCAUGCUGACGCAGACCUCCUACACCCUGAGCCUCCAUCACAGGCUGGUAGUCCUCCAGAGGAUCUACUAUGCACUUCAUAGCAAAUACCAUGACAAGUUUCGUGUACAGCUGCCCUCUCAGUCCACAGACAGCGGGACUGAAUGUGGCCAACUUGAGCUGGCCUCAGAACCUCGCCUGCCCGGCGGCGUAGCCAAAGUCAAAUCGGGUACAGAUGUUCUAAUAGAGAUGGGUGUGAGGACAGGCUUAAGUCUGCUCUUCUCGCUACUGCAGCAGAACUGGCGAUAUGCGGCCUCCGUUCACCCCGAGCUGGUGCUUUGCAACGAUGUACUUGCCACGGCGUCCUCAGUGCUGGCCUCUUUACCGCCACUCUCCCUGGCCAAUGAGAACAAGAUCCCGUCAGUGGGGCUGGACUGCCUGGCGCAGGUGGCUGACUUCCUGAAGAAGACGUCCGUGAGCAGCGGCAUUGGCGGUGCCGAUCCCACCGGUCGGAGGCUGGCGCUGGAGCUGCUGCUUGGCCUGGCCAUGCAGAGAGGCUCCCUGAAGUUCCUCCUGGAGUGGGUGGAGGUAGCUUUGGCUGCUUCCAUGGCCGAAAGCUGCUCCUCCACGUCUAUCCUGUCUUCCUCAGCCUCACCAAGCUCCCAGCAGUCAGCUGGUGUGGACUUUGAUGUCAUCCAUCAAACACUGCUCCAAAUGAGGCAAUAUUCGGGUUUCCGUGGAGACUCUGUCAAUACUCAGGUGCUCAAGAAGGAUGCAGAUGGACUUUGUCGGCUCUCUCAGGCAGCUCUCUGCCUCUUUGAAGAGAUUUGUAACCUAGCAUCCUACUGCCUGUGCUCCAGCACUGAUACCGCUGCUCCUGGUACAGAGAGCGACACAGUCAUGGUGUAUGUGUGGGGCAGCAACAGCAGCCAUCAACUGGCAGAGGGAACGCUGGAGAAAAUCCUCCUCCCAAAACUGACACAGGGAUUCAAUGAUGCCCAAAUGAUCGAGGCGGGUCAGUACUGCACUUUCUCAGUAUCUGCGGAUGGUUCAGUAAAAGCAUGUGGAAAAGGCAGCUAUGGCCGUCUGGGCCUGGGCGACUCCAACAACCAGUCCAUGCCCAAAAAACUUGUGCUGGAGCCACACAGGAACAUGAAGAAAGUUUCAUCCUCUAAGGGCUCUGAUGGUCACACUUUGGCCAUCACUGUAGAGGGAGAGGUUUUCAGCUGGGGCGAUGGAGAGUAUGGGAAGUUGGGCCAUGGUAAUAGUGCUACACAAAAAUACCCCAAAAUCAUUCAAGGACCACUUUUAGGCAAAGUUGUUGUUUGUGUGUCUGCUGGCUACAGACACAGUGCUGCUGUAACUAAUGAUGGAGAGCUUUAUACGUGGGGAGAAGGCGACUUUGGCAGACUUGGUCACAGUGACAGCCAGAGCCGGAAUGUGCCCACCCUGGUGAAGGACAUCAGUGGUGUAGGGCAGGCGGCCUGUGGAAGCUCUCACACGAUUGCUGUUGCACAGGAUGGACGCACUGUUUGGUCCUUUGGAGGAGGAGACAAUGGUAAACUAGGUCACGGAGACACCAACCGUGUGUAUCGCCCCAAAGUCAUAGAGGCACUGCAUGGAUUCAUCGUCAGGAAAGUGUGUGCUGGCAGCCAAUCAUCUCUGGCCCUUACCUCUGCAGGACAGGUGUUUGCAUGGGGCUGUGGCUCGUGUUUGGGAUGUGGCUCUUCUGAAACUACCUCGCUGAGACCCAGGUUUAUAGAGGACCUGAGUAUCACCAAGAUCAUCGAUAUCUCAUGUGGAGACAGCCACUGUCUGGCUCUGUCCCAUGAGAAUGAAGUGUAUGCUUGGGGGAACAACACCAUGGGCCAGUGUGGGCAAGGCCACACUUCCACACCUAUCACCAAACCCAAGAAGGUGUUCGGUCUAGAGGGGGUGUCUAUCCAACAGAUCACGGCUGGCACUUCUCACAGCCUUGCUUGGACAGCUGUCCCCACAGACAGGCAACUAGUGGCGUGGCACAGGCCCUUUUGUGUCGACUUGGAAGAAAGUACAUUCACCUACCUGCGCAACUUCUUAGAAAGUUACUGUGAUGGCAUCGGGAACGACACACCUCCUGCCCCGUUCUUGUCUAAAAGGGAUCACCAUCAGUUUCUUUUGCUGUGCAUGAAGCUGCUGUCCAUCCACUUGUCCUUGGCCCAUGCUGGGGGCACGGGUGCCAUCGUAUUAGGGGCUCAGAGCAGGCCCCUUAGAAACCUGCUCUUCAGGCUUAUAGACACUAACAUGCCAGACUCCAUACAACAGGCGGUUCUGAACACUCUGUCGAUUGGUGCGUCCCUGCUGCUGCCUCCUCUGAGGGAGAGGACAGAAUUGCUUCUCUCUCUGCUUCCUCAGGGCCCCAAGAGCUUGAAUGUCCUUUCUAAAGGACAGCGUCUGCAGUUAGACAUGGUCCUGAGCAGCCUUCAGGAUCAGAACCACGUGGCUUCACUUCUAGGGUACAGCAAUUUUGGGGAGGUGACAGCCAUGGGACCUCCUCUGACUCCCGCUUUGUCUGUCCGGCCGCCAUCUUCAACCAGCUCUGUUGAGUCCUAUGACCCUCUGCACUUAGCGGAGGUGCUGCUCAGAACACUGCUCCUGAGCAUAGGUUUUUAUACGGAGCGAGCAUUUGGGGAACUGGAAAAAAAUAGCGACAAGCAGCUUUCGAAUGAUUGCCAGGGACAGACCGACCCUCCCUGUCACUUCCAUCAGCUGUUGUCAGGACUUCACAAACACCUACUUGCCCAUUGCUACAUCCAUUCAUGCUCCGAGGAUGACAGUAGUGUAAUGCUUCUUCGUGAACACCUUUACCUGCUGCUUCCUUUUGCUGCUGAGACUCUUAAAAGAUCCACCAAACUGCUGAAGGGGAGUUCACUGGAUAAACAAAUCAUCAGGAAACUACACUUGGUGUUGUACAACUCAGUGGCUGGCAGCUUGCUGUGCCAGGUAAUGUACUCGCUGCUGCUGCUGCCUCUGGGCACAGUUCAACCCCUUCUCAGCCACUUACUGGUCUUGUUGGAGCACCUCAAUGAUUUCAACAGGCUGCUGCCAGAGACCGGUAUGCUGGAGGAGCAGGAACUUGGGAUGGAUGCACAGCAAACCUCUUCAGAUGAAAGUGAAGAAAAUGGACACAGUCAGCAACAGGAGGAGGAGUGCAUGUGGGUCUGGCUGCUGGACCUAGAGCGUUCUGUAGCGCUCGCAGUCGGCCGUUGCCUUGGUGGAAUGCUGCAAGGCCCACCGUUGUCACUCCAAGAGAAAGCAUCAGAGUUCUGGCUAUCGAAUGUCCUCCUCAGGAAUGGCCUUGAGAUGGACUUUGAACAGCUGGACUCUAGCAUGGCCUGGUUAACAGAGGUAGUACUGGUGGGCAGUAGUGAUACCAGGCUUGCAGAGAUGAGUGUGAAUGAGGAAACUAAAACUUUAGUGGAACUGGCACUGGGAUCGUCCAGAGGAGUUGCAGGUGGGCUGUGGCGUAACAUGGAGGAAUAUGCUCACAGCAAAGAAGAAUGGGAAAGUGGAGGCUCUUCAGGGAACUCUCUGCUUGAGACUGUGUGUCGCUGCAGUCUGGCUGCUCUACUGAAACACACUGGGCUGCAGAAUGAGGCCUGCUGGCAGGACAGAUAUGGGCCCUGUGAGAUGCUCUUAGAUGUCUAUGAAACCGUUUAUAAAGUCAGAAGCACUCUAUUGGUCCUUAAAAACUCUCCGAGGACAUCACAAGUGCAAGCAUCAGCCAAACAGAUCUCUCAAUGCUCCCAAAGCCCUGAUGCACAUAGGCAAGAACCAGGCACCUCUGUGGAACAGGUGACCAAGGAUCCUGAACCGCAGACAGGAGGACAGUGUAACAGGGAGGUACAGGUGUCCCCACCUCCCACAGCCAACCACAACCAGGAGGUUUCAGAGGAGGAUGGUUUUGGCAACAGCCGUAUGUACCUGUCAGAAGUCCUGGAAUCGUUCAUGGCCACCCGAGAGGCCAUGCAAGUACAGCAGAACGUGACGGUGUAUGAGUCCUUUGGGACCUCCACCCUCCCCAGCAGCAUGGGGAGCCCCGACAGCCCAGUGAGGGAGCCCAAUCCCAAGCAGCAGUGGGAGAACCAAGGGGAGACCGAGGAAAGCCUGUCGUUCCCCGCCGCCUGCCAUCUAGUAGUUUCCCGCUGCCUCUUCCUUCUGCUGGGCGUCAGGCCUGCUUGGGUGGAGCCCAGCGAAAAGGAGAAUAACUCUGUAAACUCUGGAGCAAGGAAAUCCUCAACAGAAUCUUUUACAAUGGCUGUUGAUAGCAGAAAACCGUCUGACCAUCUAAAACCCUCUAUUGGAUAUUCUAAGAAUAAAAUAGGUCUACCUCUGUGUUCUCUGGACAUCAUGAAAGACGCUUGGGAUCGCCUGCGACAGUGUAUUAGCCCAACAACUGCUAUGUCUCACUACGGCAACAACACCUUGCCAAUCCUGAACCAGGUGUUCCACUUUGUCUGUGGGAGCCUGAUUCCCUCAUCGUCCUCGUCGCCCACCCAGCUUGGUGGUCAGACGUGCAGCCAAGGAGAUCCAAAAGCCAUUACGUUUGCUAUUCUGCAGCAGCAGCAAAGGGCCGAGAUUCGUCUUGAGGCCUUGUGUCAGAUGUCGUCCUUUUUAUCCAAGAUGGAGGAAAAGAGCAGUGGGUUCACAGUCGCCCAUCAGUUUCCGCCAUUGUUGGAGUCUGUGCAGCUUCAGUUCCUCUUGGGAUGCUUUGCUUUGGGAACACAAAUCAUCGCAUCUCAUAAUGGAACUAAUUACGAGAUGCAGCAUUACAUGUGUGGCACACAGUCGGCUUCCAUGGAUACACAAAGGGAACUACAAUCUGCAGCCCACACUUUUUAUCAGCAGGCGGUAUGCAUCCUCAAACAGAGGGUGCUGUUGGAAAGAGAACAUCCAGGUUCCUGCCAGCAUCUUUUACUAGCCACUAUCUUUGCGCUGAACUUCUGUUACCAACCAGUGGACCUGGUGCUCGUCGUCAAAUCUGGCAUCCUGGAGAUCCUUUCGGUGCUGACCAACAACAGCUGUGCUCUGAUUAACCAGGGCUGGUUUGCUGCCUCUACAUCUGGGUCCAUGCUACUGAGCGGGGCCGUUAGACUAGCUUGUGCCCGCCUCCUUCAGAUACUCACAGUAGCUGCAAGCUCCUGUGAGGAUUUGCUGCCUAUUGAUGUAUCCCACGCUUUAAUGGAAGUGAUGUGUGAGCAGCUUCAAAAUGUCCUGCACGCUUUCCACCAACAGCAGACAGCAGAAAGAGCAACAGCAGAGAGAAAAGACCCGGACGCCGGCAGCAAAAGUGCAAAUCUAGUUGGAAUGGAAAGCAGCAAAGUGGUUGAAUCCCAGCUUGCAGAUUUCCUAGUGUUCCUGAGGCGUGUGCUCUCUCUACGAGUUAUGAAAAGACUUUCCACCUUUGUCAAAUGGAUUGAUCCACUCAUGGCCAUUAUUUCACAUAAGUGCUCCUUUGGAUCUCCAUGCUUCCAGAACCUUCGCACCAAGCUUUUGGCCUUUCAUGUUUUAGAAAGAAUGUUACCAGCGUGUUCUGAGUCAGUUCAAAUUGAACAGAUUGUUAAACAACUGUUUCAGCUCUUGUCUGUUUAUAUGUGGGAGGAACCACUAGUUGAGAGGAACCACGUGGAAACAGCUGAAAAAGACACAGGGAAUCCAGGCAGCUACGAUGAAUGUAUUCCCAUUGGAGACUUUUCCUUUGACCCACACAAGCUAAUGUGUUGUUGUUUGGAAAGUGGGAACAUCCUCUCCCAUGGUUCGGGUGGGAAAGGUUACGGGUUGGCGACCACUGCCAUCACCUCUGGUUGUUUCAUAUGGAAGUUUUACAUUACUAAAGAGAACAGAGGCAAUGAAGGCACAUGUGUUGGAGUUUCCCGCUGGCCAGUCAGAGAUCACAACCAUCAUACCACCACUGACAUGUGGCUGUAUCGUGCAUAUAGUGGAAACCUGUAUCACGGAGGGGAACUGGUCCGCACCCUUCCUUCUUUUACCCAGGGCGACACCAUCACCUGCAUCCUCGACAUGGAGGCCCACACGGUGUCAUUUGCAAAGAAUGACAAGGAGCCAAAGUUGGCAUUUGAAGGAGUGGUUGCAUCUGAGCUUUAUCCCUGUGUGCUGUUCUACAGCAGUAAUCCUGGAGAGAAGGUGGCGCUGCGGGACCUCCAGAUGCGAGGCAUGCCCAGUAAUCUAUUACCUGGGGAGCCUCUCUGCAGUCCGCGAAGCACUGUACUGCUGGAGUCUACAGUGCAGCUCCUGCGUAGGCUCCACCAGUGUGACCAGUGGGCUUCAUACAUCAACCAGUACAUCCAUUCCCACCUGGAACUCAUAGGUCCUCUGUUGAAAGAGGAUGACUAUGAACUGGUCAAUAAAGGCAUCAGUCCCACUCACUUGGACAAGGAGGAGAGUGAAAGAGACGGUGCUGAGGCAGGUGACGACGCAGGAGAACCACGUCGUCGAUCCCUGUCAGAAGCCAAGCUGGCUGCUCUCUGCACUGACGUUUGGCCUGUACUGGCCCUGAUUGGUGGAGUGGACAGCGGACUGCGGGCUGGAGGUCUUUGCCUUCACAAGUCCAGUGGACGCAGGGCUUUUCUGCUCGGUGUCCUGAAAGAAGGAAGCUCCCUUGCCAAGCUCCAGUGGGAGGAAGCAGAACUCUCUGUCAGCUCCAUGAAUUCUUGGUCACCCAGCGAUACUCCAAUCAUCUCGUUGGAGCCCUGCGACAUAUCCUGCUGCAAUGUCUCCCGACUUGGAGGCCUCAAGUCGACGGUGCUGUUGGAUCUGAUCUAUCUAAUGGGAUUACUGGAGGAGCAGGGGUGGGUGGGAGCUCAUCCAACCUCCAGAAGGAAAUACUCUGAAGAGCACAUAAAAGAAGGGGAAGGACAGGGCUGUGUGGAUGAAGAUGUGUCGGGUGACUUCAGGUGGAUGAAAGAAGAUGAGAGGAAGAAGUUUAAGGAUCAGAAGACUGAAAAAGACCCUUUGGUAUCACCACCCUCAACCAAGGAUGCCAUGAAGAUCAUGGGCAAUCAGGAGCUUACCUCCCUUCCCCAGCCUCCCCAAAUCACCCAAACCUCCAGUACAUUUGCCCUCGAGCUGAGAGCAGUCAGAGUCUCAUACCUUCUCACUGGGGCUCUGAAAUCCCUGAAUGUCAUUUUUAGCUGCGAGAAGCUGUCAGAUUUGCUUCUAGUACCUAAACUUGAUGUUUCAACCUCCUCAAUCAGCCCACUAGCUAGCCCAAAGCCUGACCAGGCCAAAGCCAGCGGCAAACAAUGGGAUGAGAGUGCUGAGCUGAGAUCAGUGCUGCAGUAUGUGGUGCAGAGCAUGGUCAAGUGGGCAGUGAGGCCCUGUCCUAUCAAACAGAGGGUGUCUCUUGCUGACCUGGAAAGGGCUCAAGUUAUGAUCUAUAAAGGGGCUUUGAACAAACUGCAGGAAGACAAAGAACGCAAAGAAUCAGGUCAGUCUUCCUCCCGGCCCAUUUCGAAGUCCUCCAGCUCUGUGUCCUUGUACAGUGCGGGCUCGGAGGGUACUGCCAUUUUUGGCCAGUCCAACAGAGCCUCUGCCUCAUCCUCCAAUACUGACUUGGCAUCUUCACUGCCAGCAAACCUGCAGGCAGAUGGGCUGGAUAAUUUCAACCCUUUCCUCCCAAUCAGCCUCCUCCAGCACAUGGUGUUAACCCGGUUCCCUACACUCACUGGCCUGGUUAGCAGUCCCCCUGUGCUGCACCCUUGCUUCAGCCUGGCCAGCUCUGCUUCUUGUGAUGCCUUCACAGAGCAGCAGACUAGCUUCAUGGAACCAGGCCCCUGCAGCACACAGUCCAGGAGCAGCCUGGAACGGACACAAAUGUUUGUCACCAGUCGGUUGCUAGAAAUGGGAUUCACUAUGAGACAUAUCUACUGGGCCAUGGAGGCAGCAGAUGUAGCAGGUGACUUGGAUUCUCAGACCAUUGAGGUGCUGGCCAGCUGGAUGCUAGAGCACCCCCUGACCGAGGAGCAGCAGGCAGCCGAGUCACCAAGACCGGAGGGCGCUCCAGACACGCCGUCCCCAGAUGGGCCAGAGACGGUGCAAUGCCCCGAGCGGCCCACCAGCCAACCCAGCGAAAGCCUGUUACCAGGGCUUGACUGGAUAGAGAGGGAGAACUUCCUGGAUGUGCACCUGACCAGAAACAGGCCUCCUCCAGCACGGCGUCGACGCUCCGGUCCCACCCAGAGAACAUCCUUCCGAAGGGCAGACUUGCCGUCACCCAGCCCCCUACCGCAGCUGUACCAACAGCACCCCGUAGUCAGUGACUGGCCAGAGCAGGUGGAGUUCCACCCCUACGCCGCUGAGGACGAGUCAGAGUUGGGCUACAUGGACGACCCGUACCAUGAGGAAACCUACGAGGACCUCCUCACGCCCUCAUUCUUCAGUUUGGAGAGAGACACACUCCAGAUAGUGGAGUCGGGAGAAGAACGCACUCAGAUGGUCAAGUGUGAGCUGUGCAACACGCUUACUCUGCAAUUUAACAAUCACAUAAAGCGGCGUCACCCAGGCUGUGGACAGAGUGCUGCACGGAAGGGUUACGACAGCACCGGGUCCUAUGUGGACGUGUGGUUCAAAGGCGAGUGUGGCUCCAACUUUCCAUUCUACCUCCUCUGCAGCGCCUGCAGAGAAAAGUAUCUGGCUGCGAACCUGAGUGACACUAACUCUAAAUAUGAAAGGAUUAAAGGUCUGACCUCGGAUUUGAUUGGCCAUUUGGACAGUACUUCAGAUGAUGAUUGGGAAACCACCUACCAACAUGAGUGUGACACAGACAAGCUCACAGGACUGGAGGACUUUGGGCUCUUGCUCAGACCCCUGGGUCUGACAGAAAAGAAGUUGGUACCAGACCCUAUUGCCUUUGCUGAGCCAGAUCCACUGGGAUCGCUUCUGUACAGCUCUUCUGACCCUGUGAAAGCAGCAGUCUCUAAAGGCAGUGCCUGUGCUGAGCAGAAGACCUCUCUGAGUCUGGGACAGCAGGCGGUAUCACUCAGGGACUCGCAUGAUAGACUGAAAGCUUUGAGAAGAGUCACAUCCACGGCUCAGAUUCUGCUGGCUUAUAGCAUGGUGAUGAGAGCCUUGUCUCAGACUGCCUCCAGUGUAACAGUGUGCAGCCAUUCUAACGGACUGGAGUCCUUGGGUCUGGCAGACAUCCGCAUCCUGGUGCGCUUGAUGACUUUAGCAGCCGGGGGCAGAGUUCCCACCUGCAUGGACAGGCGUUCGGGAGUAAAGGGGGCAGCCACAGAACGCAGCAACGCCACCUGCCUCAGCUUCCUUACCUCAGCCAUCGGCAGCGUGGUCUCCCAUAGUCCGACUGCGUACAGGCAGCUAGUGGAGAUAUGCACUCAGGACCUUAUGGCAGCAGCUACAGGGGUGAACAACGUCGGUGACUCGCAGCAGAGAGGGUGUCUUGGUUCUAGUGCACCAGCUGCCGCCCAGGGUGCACAGCAGCAGAGAGCUCACACUGACCACACUCCCCCAACAUUCCUGGUCACACAGAGUCUGGUGUCCUUGCUCACUGAAAAGGGUGUUCCCAGUUACAGCUUGGAUAGGGUUGACCAUGAGGCUAAUGAUGCAGGAAACCACGGGGUGCCUUCUUCAUCCAUGCCUCAUUCCCCGUUAUCCCAACUGAGCGCCAGAGUGGGCCCUCUGGAGUUGGCCAACGCGCUGGCAGCAUGCGUCCUGUCUGCCAGGCUGACCAGUAAACACCGCCAGUGGGCAGCGCAGCAGCUGGUUCAGGCCUUGGCUGCCACGGGAAGGGACAGUCCCAGUCGCUCCCAAACAUACAGCGACCUAGCUGGCGAUUUACGCAAGUGUCCUCUGAAGCGGCUCGAAGGCCACUAUAACAAGGUUGCGAGCUGUUUUUGGAGCAGUGACCAGGCUUUGCUGGCUACGUGCUCCCAGGACAAGGUGGUUCAGCUUUGGAGCAUCAGCCAGAACACAGUGGAAUUACAGAACACCUUCUCCUGCAUUACCAGUAAGACAGACAGAUCCAGCAGCGAGAGGAUCAGUAGAUGUCACCACAUGGCUCCCGUGUACUGGAGCACAGGGGGUGACUUCUUGGCUGCGCCUGAGAACAAACAUGUAAACAUCAUGAACAUCAGGGGGUCUCACUGCCACGUGGAGGCUCAGGUGUCUCGGAUCACAGCUCUCUGCUGGGCUCAGUCCUUCAGCUUGUGGGCUCUUGAGCAGCCGUCUGCCUGUAAGAACAGACCCACUGAAAGCCUGUUGGUGGGCCGGCUGGAUGGCUCCCUCUGCUGGCUGCAAGUCACGAUGCAGGAACUGGAUCUGCUUGUGAAGGGCACUGAACUGAUCCACUGCCACAGGAAAGAGGCCCCUCAGUGUUUGGCCUGGCAAAGUGAGGAUAAACCUUUUGCUGUGGGCUAUCCUGAUGGAAAGAUCCUAUUGGCCACAACUGAGAGCUAUGAGAACGAGCAGCCAGUAAUGCUGUCUGUCUUUCAGGACAGCGUAACCUCCCUAAAAUGGGACCCCACAGGCCACUUGCUGCUCUGUCUGAGCAGGUCAGAGGUGGUGAAAAUACUGGGACGCUCUGGGGGCACCUGGGUGACCGUACACUCCCUCAUUCACAGCAGCAGUGUUACCGCUGCCGAGUGGUGCCCACUUCCUGGCAGAGCACCUGAUCCUCGGCUCAUGGUAUCUGUAGGAUGUCAGAAUGGGUCUGUGCACAUCUGGACUCUGCCACAAGGGGGUAUGAUUGUAUCUUUGCCCAACAUCCUAAACAACUCCUCCAGUCAACAUAAAAACAGUGAUGUCAAGGACACUGCAAAAUGUGUGUUUGUGCUUAAUGGCCACAUCACAGCAGUGAAGUCCCUUUCCUUCUGCUCCAGUGGACUCGCUCUGGUUUCUGGGGGGAUUGGGGGCCUGCUCAACAUCUGGUCUUUACAGGACGGUUCAGUGUUACAGACUGUCACAGGAUUGGGUUCAGUCAUCAGCACCACCUGGAUACCUAACCUGGGCGUAGCUGCCUGCUUUGGAAGGUCGAAGGAUGUCUUGUUGAUCUGCUGCACACCUGACUGGAUCAGUCAAAAUCACGUCCUCCCCUCCUGUCGUAUGGUUCUCAGAAGCCAGAACAUCCUGGGCCUAAAUCGGGCGCCUUGCUUGGCCGUGUUCUUGGAGAGGCUGCCUUUGCUGCUACAGGAGCAGUACAGCUACGAACGGACGCACGUGGCAGCUGGUGAUCAACUCGUCCACAGUGCCUUCAUGCAGAGUCUGGCCUCCUUGGCUGUUGGUUUGUCUUUAGAGAAACACCUGUGCCGGUUUCCCUGUCCUCCGCACCACGACACCCUCGAUGCCCUUUCCUGCCCGCCUGAGUGGAGCUGGCUUUCCACCUAUGCCACUAUGGUCCGCAGCGCCGAGGCUAUUGCCAGUGGCACUACCUUCCCAGAAUCCUUCAUUGUUUCUGACUCUCAGGAGGUGGAAGACUGUGAAAUCAUCAAGGCACUGGACAACAGCAAAUGGAGCUUCAGGAUGGAUGAACAGCUGAUGUGUUGGGCCACCACUAAACCAGAGGACUGGCAACAGGGUGGAAAGAGUGAGGUGUACCUGUGGGGAAAUGGACGUUAUGGACAGUUGGCAGGAACGGGGACCAACCUCAUGGCACCUACACUUGCACCAUCUCUAUUACAGACUCAGCAGGUUGUGUGUGGACAGAACUGUACUUUCCUCGUCCAGUCCAACGGGAUCGUACUGGCUAUAGGAGAGGGACAGUAUGGGAGACUGGGUCAGGGGAAUUCUGAUGACCUUUACGUCCCCACUGUUAUCUCUGCUUUUCAAGGAUAUGUGGUAACUCAGCUGGUGACGUCAUGCGGAUCAGACGGACACUCCAUGGCCCUGACUGAAACCGGAGAAGUGUUCAGUUGGGGAGAUGGAGAUUUUGGAAAACUAGGCCAUGGCAACAGUGAAAGGCAGAGGAGACCAAAACAGGUGGAGGCCUUACAGGGUGAAGAGGUCAUACAGCUUGCGUGUGGCUUCAGACAUUCAGCUGUGGUAACAGCAGAUGGGAAAUUGUUCACCUUUGGCAGCGGUGAAUCUGGCCGUCUGGGUCAAAGGUCAACAUCCAAUAAGAUGCUGCCUGAAAGAGUGGCAGCACUAGAGGGAUAUCAUGUAGGGCAGGUGUCAUGUGGUCUCAACCACACUUUGGUGCUAUCCCUUGACGGCAUGGUUGUUUGGGCAUUUGGAGAUGGGGACUAUGGCAAAUUAGGAACCGGUUCCUCUACAGCGAAAUACUACCCUCAGAGAGUAGAGCAGCUGUGCAACAAGGGAAUUAAGAAGGUCAGUUGUGGAACUCAGUUCUCUGUGGCUCUGGCCUGUGAUGGACAUGUUUACACAUUUGGACAAGAACGCCUCAUCGGCCUGCCAGACUCCAUGCUGAAGAAUAAAUCCUGCCCUCAAGUGGUGCCGGCGCUGGAGGGGCUGUUCAUAGAAGACGUUGCUGUGGGCUGUGAACAUGUGCUCGCCCUGUCUUCCACUGGGGACGUCUAUGCCUGGGGCUGCAACAGUGAGGGACAGCUUGGCCUUGGACACUCCAACCCAGUAAAGGAGCCCACACUCGUAACUGCCCUCCAGGGUAAAAACAUCAGACAGAUCUCUGCUGGCCGCUGCCACAGCUCUGCAUGGACCACGCCGUCUACCUCGAUAAAAAACUCAGGUGGUUCUGGAAAUUUGAAACUAGGCCUCCCCCAGUCAGUCCCUCCACAGUACAACACCUUGAAAGAUUGCAGCCCUGAUGUUCUCAGCAUGCGCCUCCGGGUACUAUAUCACUUCUCUGAUCUCAUGUACAAAUCCUGGAGGCUACUGAACCUGGACGCCAAGAAUCCGGUACUCAUUAGUCCUUUGGUGUCCACCUCACGCUACAGUUCAGGGACAACAGCCAUCAUUCGCGGUGAGCUUAGAGGCCUUCUAUCACCCAAGGUCAACACGCUGCCUCUGGUGCGCUCCAUUGGCAGAACAAUGACCCAGGGCAAAACAUAUGGGCCUCAGAUUACUGUGAAGCGCAUUUCCACAAGAGGCCGCUCCAGCAAGCCCAUUUUUGUGCAGAUCGCAAAGCAGGUGGUGAGCCUGAAUCCACUCGAGCUGCGACUGCCUUCUCGAGCUUGGAAGGUCAAACUUGUUGGAGAGGGAGCGGACGAUGCCGGAGGAGUGUUUGAUGACACAAUCACGGAGAUGUGCCAGGAGUUGCAGUCUGGUGUUGUGGAUCUUUUGAUUCACACUCCUAACAGCUUUGCAGAUGUGGGCAGUAACACUGACAGGUUCCUGUUUAACCCAGCGGCACUGACAGACGAUCACAUUGUACAGUUUCGCUUCCUGGGCAUCCUGAUGGCUGUGGCCAUCCGCACCAAAAAGCCUCUGGACUUGCAUCUGGCUCCCUGGGUGUGGAAACAGCUCUGCUCAAUGCCACUGGGAGGUCCUGACCUGGAGGAGGUUGAUGUUCUCACAUACCGCACCCUCCAAGGCAUCCUUCACCUAGAAAACAGUGGAAUCACAGAAGAUAAUUUCCAUGUGAUGAUUCCAUUAGACUCGUUCGUGGCCCACAGUGCAGAUGGAAGACUGGUGCCUGUGGUCCCUGGAGGUCAAAACAUUUCCCUGACCUUUGCAAACCGCACUGAAUAUGUAGAGAGAGCACUGGACUACAGACUCCAUGAGAUGGAGUCACAGGUGGCGGCAGUCAGAGAGGGCAUGUCCACCAUCAUCCCGGUGCCCCUCCUCUCCCUGCUGACAGCAAAACAGCUGGAGCAGCUGGUCUGUGGCCUGCCAGAGGUCUCUGUUGAGAUGCUGAAGAAGCUGGUGCGCUACCGUGACAUCACAGAGAGCCACCAGCUCAUUGGCUGGUUUUGGCAGAGCUUGGAGGAGUUCACCAAUGAGGAGCGGGUGCUUUUCCUCCGCUUCGUCUCUGGCAGGUCCAGACUGCCUUCCAACCCAGCUGAUAUAACACAGAAGUUCCAAAUCAUCAAGGUUGAUAGGCCCGUCAACGGUCUCCCUACUGCUCAGACCUGCUUCUUCCUGCUUCGUCUGCCCCCGUACACGAGCCAGGCCAUCCUCGCCGAGCGCCUCCGCUACUCCAUCCACAACUGUCCCUCCAUCGACAUGGACAACUACAUGCUGACCCACAACACCGAGCCAGCAGACAGCUCCGACACCGAGGAGUGAAGCAGGAGCCUGCAGUCAACAGGGAGAUGAAUGUAACUCCUAAUGCCAUGCACAUUAUGCACUGAACACAGAUUUUUAUUCGCCAAACCUAUAAGGUAGUGUACGUAUUAUACGGUGGUUGAUUUAAAGAUGUGUAGUUUUUAUUUUCUAUCUGUUGGAACUAUUACAGUGGUUACUAUGAAUCAAAUCUACAGGGAUUCAGAACAAGAUUUUUAAAAAUAAGCCACAGUAAAGAAGUUAAUGUGCCUGUUUGAAAAUAUAAUUUAUUGACCUGUCACAUACGUAAAGAGUGUAAAAUAAAUAAGAGUGUUUAAAUUAG